AACAAUUGCAUGAACAGCUGGGCAUAUACCGGUAUGUUCUUCGAAGUUGCACUAUUUUUGAUCUGCACUUGAAUAAAUAUUGCUAUUAGAUAUUGAAAAAAAAGAUGAUAGAUGAAGAUUACUGUGCUAAUGAAAAUCAAUCUCCGAUUUGUCUUUGUCACUUAUUUUUUUCAAAGUUUAUUCGAAAAAAGAAAAAGGCCUAUUUUAGAAAUUAUUUCGCACUGAUCGCCUUUUAUUAAUUCUAGGACACCCUGUAUGCUAUAACUUAAAAGAGAGAGACAAAUAGACGGGAGGGAGAGAAGGGAAACAGCGAAAGUGCAACCAAAACGAAGAGAAGAGAGGCUCGCGGUACGUGCGAUGUGCGACAGUUUGCGGCAGCCAUCAGCGGUUAUGGACUGAUCAUCGAUCGCUCUCGCGGUAUUGCGGGUAGCGCUCCGUUUCUUUUUUCGUUCUCCCUUAUUUUAAGUUGCAUCCAGGAGUAUUUUGCUCCGUCGGAGCAAAAUCCAAGUUUUCGUGCACACCGGGAUCCGCGACGCGAUAUGGCCGCGUUUGAUCUUCCAUGCUCUUCGCCGUUUGUAUUGGCGGUCACGUUAUUCGUCGCAACGCUAACCUCGUCUAUCAACGCCACAAUAGCUGGCACGUCCUUGGAACCGUCGAUACCCGAUUCUCUUGGUUUUCUGACCGAACCACUGUCGUCGACGGUCGAGUCUCCCAAUACAACGGGUGACAAGAAAGCAUUGGUGCAGUAUUCUAGUGUAGCAGAAGGAGGGCCUAUAAUAACGCUUCAACGUGGAAGCACUACAACAGAAUCCAACAAACUUGACGAAGCUACAGCAAGAGAGAGUGCGCCUAAGAGACAUGCUACUCCUUCCGUGGUUGCAAGAAAAGGAGUUGAUAAAAAAAUAAAACCGAGGAAGGGAGUUACAGAAAUUCCAGAGAUAAUAUCUACGAAAGAUAUAGAUCAGAAUAUAGAUCCAGAGAAGAAAAAUGUAUUAUUUAAUCAGACCACUUUUGAAAAUAUGAAAUUACCUAUAAUGAAAAGUAGUCCUGCGAUAGAAACAGCUCAUAUCAAAUUUGAAACUUCCAAUAUUAGUCUCCCGAAAUUAAAUACCACUCCACACUCUUAUGAUAGCUUAAAUCACCGUAUAAACUCCAAUUACUCUAAUAUAAGUAUACCAGCAAAUGGAACUGCAGCUCAUCUAGACAUAAAUAAUACAACGAAAACAUCUUUGCAUGUUGAAAAGCAUAUACCGAAGCCUAAACCAACGGUAACGACUGUUGAUGGACCAGAAAUUAAUGAAUCUAUACCACUCCUACGAACAAAAAAUCCUCCAUUAGGCAUGCCAAGAAAAAUCGAUUACAUUGUGCCAGUCAUUAUAACAAUUGUCGCUUUACCGAUAUUGGGUGCUGCGAUUUUCGUAUUAUAUAGGCGCGGUCGAGAUUGCUGGGAUAAGAGGCACUAUCGAAGAAUGGAUUUUUUGAUCGACGGAAUGUACAAUGACUGAUACUCGUAUGAGAAGAAGUUUGUUCCAUGAGAUUAAAUACACGUUAUGCAAGAAGCAAUCAAUUUCCGCGUUCUUCCAUUUGCAAAUGCAAAUUUUAUAUACGUUCUUUAAAAUAGCUAAUUAACGAUCCGCAUUGAUUUCUUCUUCCAUAACGAUAUAAAUGUCCAAAUGACAACGAUACCUACGAUAUCAUUAGAAUAUAUCAAAGAUUUUGAUACUUUUAUAAACGUAUUGAACGAUAUAUUAUGUUAAUUGUAAUAUCAUAAUAAUCUAGGCUCACUAUAUAUUGAUAUC